UCGAAAGCGUUAGUCAAGUGUAUUGUACAAUGAAAAGGGAUUACAUUGCAUUAUGUCCGUCAGGUCAUAGUUUUUACACAGUUAUAUUUGGUGAAGUCGUGCGUGGCGAGUUAUGCAACAUUUGGUGUAAAAGCGCCCCAUAAUAAGACGUUCAGAUAUUGUGACAUCUGACCUACUUAGAUGAUUUUAACUACUUGCAAACAUCAAAGAACUAGGAAAUCUUUCGGAAAUUGCGUCUUUCCGUGAUACAUUAUUGGAACACAGUGCCGUGGCUAGUAGUUUCUGGUACCCAUAUAAAACUUGGUUCAAUACGUUUCUUAUUUCAAAUUACUUUCCCUUUUAUUAUUAUUCAAUAUGCAAUGGCAAAAAUUGGAAGAUGGAUAACGAAAAAUAUAAUUUCGAUGAACGAUAAUGUGGAUAACGCAAACCGGCAACGGGUACCGGCAUUGAACACACGGCCCUGGAACUCGUGCUGUCAGAGCGCAACGGUGCGCCGGACGCUCGCUUGACUAAGGGAGUGCCCGUCCCGAUGCAAAGUGUAAGUGAAGUGGCCUACAGACCUACAUUUGUCUAACGUUCGAUUUUUUUCGAGUCGGCAGACAGGAGGUUAAUAAUCCGCGCGGGGCUUAUUUUUCCGCGGGCGUGUGUGAUGUCGCUGUUGUGUGAUAUACUGAUGUUUGGUUGAAAGAGACGGUGUAGUUUCGGUACGCUCAGACGGCGCUGGCCGGCGCGGGGAGCGUAGUAGUAAAAAGAGAGGAGGAUAGCAAGAGUGUGCGCACACAAAGAGGAAGAGAGAAGGACAGAGAAAGAAGAUAUCAGGCAAGAAUAAAGGAAAGAGAGAGAAAGAAGAAAUAAGAGCGAGUGCGCGUUCUCCUGUUGGCUAGAUAGAGAGAAAAGAAGUGAGACAGACAGAUAGAUAGACGGGGGUUAGAAAGAGAGCGAGGGCACGUAAGAGAGUGUAAGUGUUUCGAAAGAAGUGCGUGCGCUCGAGGACGACGUGCAGGAGGAGGGACCCCCGUCUGUCUGUCUGCUGGAAUGCACGAGGGCCGAAUGGCUACGGGGACAGGGGAAGGUGGGGGCCAUACGGCCCUCGAGAACACCACUGCGACGGCUCUUACGGAAUCAUCGUCAUCCUCUUCCUCCUCUUCCUCUUCUUCCUCCUCUUCCUCCUCCUCCUCUUCCUCAUCCUCGGUACCAACUAUCCUGACAGAAAACAACACGGCGAUUAAUCUGCCUUUGACUGAAUCUGAACAAGAAACCCUUCAUCAAGUACAACAGCAUCAGGCUCAACAACAGCAACAAACACAUUCGCAAUCAUCGGUCAAUUUGGUCACCGAUCUGCAAACAAACGAUACAUCAGGAGCCGGAAGCGGCACUGGUGGCAGUGGAGGCAGCAAUGGCGCGGCAAACGGUGCUGGAGGUGGUGGUUGCGGCACAUCGACAGCCCUCGAGAGUAGCGGCAGCAAUUAUACCGGUGGCGGUGGUGCCGGUACCGGUGGUGGAGGAGGAACGGGUGGCGGCGGUGGUGCGGGUGCCGCUGGCGGUAGUGGGCCCACCGCAGGGAAUGCCUCUGCUGGUGGUGGCGGUAGCGGUAGUGGUGCGACCAGCGGUGCAAGUGGCGGCGGAUCCGCUACGGUAAGCGGCAAUGUCGCGAUACCAACUACCACCUACUCAUUACCAACUGGUACCCUCUGUCAUCCCGGAUUGGGUCAGGUCGGGGUUGGUGUCGUGACCGGCUCGAUACCGUGUCCGUCCGAAUUCCCCGAUACCAAGGACAUCAUCAUAGAAGAACUCUGUCCGGUCUGCGGCGACAAAGUUUCCGGAUACCAUUACGGGCUACUCACUUGUGAAUCCUGCAAAGGUUUCUUCAAACGCACCGUCCAAAACAAAAAGGUCUACACGUGCGUCGCCGAGAGGUCCUGUCACAUUGACAAAACGCAAAGAAAGCGGUGUCCCUACUGCCGUUUUCAGAAGUGCCUCGAAGUCGGCAUGAAGCUUGAGGCCGUACGAGCGGAUCGGAUGAGAGGCGGUAGGAAUAAAUUUGGACCUAUGUACAAGAGAGACCGAGCGCGGAAGCUACAAAUGAUGAGACAACGGCAGCUGGCACUGCAAACGAUACGCGGCAGCCUCGGUGACCCAUCGAACUAUCCCUCCGCCGUAACGCCUUUCCUGCAUAUUAAACAGGAAAUACAAAUACCUCAGGUCUCGAGUCUAACCUCUUCUCCAGAUUCGAGUCCAUCCCCCGCAGCCGUGGCCGCUGGUUUGGUCACGACACAAGCUGGUAGCGGAGCUGGUCAGCAUCAACUGAUCGCACCGUCUUCCCAGCCAAACAUUUCUGCUGGUAAUCACCUGCACAAUCUCAACCCUGGCCUGGAUAGUAAGCUCUGGGCUGCCAAUUCCACCACCCCGAGUCCGAAGGCUUUCAACUUCGGCGAACAGUCCACACAAUCUCAUGGAGCCACUGGUUCCGCACCCUCUACCGCCACGUUGAAAACUAGUCCGAUGAUAAGAGACUUUGUGCAAACAGUCGACGAUCGCGAGUGGCAGGCAUCGCUUUUUGGAUUAUUACAAAAUCAAACGUACAAUCAGUGUGAAGUGGACUUGUUCGAAUUAAUGUGCAAAGUGCUCGAUCAAAAUUUGUUCUCUCAGGUGGACUGGGCAAGGAAUUCUGUAUUCUUCAAGGAUCUCAAGGUUGAUGACCAAAUGAAGUUGCUACAGCACUCCUGGUCAGAUAUGUUGGUGCUCGAUCAUCUUCAUCAAAGGUUACACAAUAAUUUACCUGAUGAGACUACGCUUCAUAAUGGUCAAAAAUUUGAUCUUCUUUGUCUCGGCCUACUCGGGGUUCCUUCUUUGGCAGAUCUUUUCAAUGACUUAUCGUCCAAACUUCAGGAACUCAAAUUCGAUCUUUCGGACUAUAUAUGCAUGAAAUUCUUGAUGCUGCUCAAUCAUGAAGUUCGUGGAUUAGUUAACAAGAAACAUGUACAAGAAGGUCAUGAACAAGUUCAACAAGCUCUUUUGGAUUAUACAUUGACGUGUUAUCCUUCUAUACCGGAUAAAUUUAACAAGCUGCUAGCAGUAUUACCAGGAAUUCACGUGGUAGCGAGCAGGGGAGAAGAUCAUCUUUAUCAAAAACAUUGUAGCGGUGGAGCACCAACUCAAACUCUUCUCAUGGAAAUGCUUCAUGCUAAAAGAAAAUGAAACGAUAAAUUCAUUUGGCAUUUUUGCCAUGAAUUAGUCUAUUGCUAUAUCUCAAAAAUCAAGAUAGAGCUCCUUAUUGUCAAUGUGGACCUCAAGUACCUAUUAAGAGCUAAUAUACUACUGCUUAGGUAUUGGACCAAGUUAAGGAGCUCUGGUUCAAAAAAUACCUAUGCAAAUGAAUCAAGUAUAGACGUACAUAAUUUACAUAUAUACAUAAUAUAUGUAUUAUAAAAUGUAUCUAAAUAUAUAAAUAUAAUGACAUAUAUUUUCUAUA